AUGGAGGGGACGAUGCUGACGGCAGGACAGGAGAAGCCACAGAAGCGGGUGAGGUUCCGCGUGGCUUCGGGGAACAGCGGCCGGGUGCUGAAGGAGAUGUUCAAGGAUGAGGGGCCUUCAGACUCACUGGAUUCAGACUGCACCAGCAGCUCUGACGCCGAACGGGCCAGCAGCCCCUCUACAAGUGGAGAUGUACAGGGACACCUGUAUGGAUACCUGGGCUCCGAGCUGGAUGACAGCGAGUGUGAGCCUGAUGAUCUGCUCAUGUACGCAGGGGCCACCAAGGACUGGAUGUUCACCACCAAGAGGGUCAACAUACUCAGUAAAAAUGGGACUGUGAGAGGGGUCAAGCACAAAGUCAGCGCAGGUCAGACGCUGUUUGAAAACCUUCCCAAUUCCAACAGCAUGGAGCUAUCUCUCGAAUUUGGGCGGAUAGUGAUCUACACCACGAGUUUCCGUGUGGUGAGGACAACCUUUGAGCGCUGCGAGCUGGUCCGGAAGAUCUUCCAGAACCACAGGGUGAGGUUUGUGGAGAAGAACAUCGCCCUGGACUGCGAGUACGGGAAGGAGUUGGAGGAGCGGUGCAAGCGUGUGGGAGAACCUCCUUCAUUACCCGUGGUGUUCAUUGAUGGACACUACCUUGGGGGUGCAGAGAAAAUACUUGGCAUGAAUGAAUCAGGGGAGCUUCAAGAUCUUCUGAUGAAAAUUGAGAGGGUGCAGCAUCCCCAGACGUGCCAGACCUGUGGGGGCUUUGCCUUCAUCCCGUGCCCAAUGUGCCAUGGCAGCAAGAUGUCCGUGUUUCGCAACUGCUUCACGGAUUCCUUCAAAGCCCUCAAGUGCACUUCCUGCAAUGAGAACGGCCUGCAGCCAUGUGUGAGCUGCAGCCAGUGA